CCCAAACAAAAGGAAGCGCUUUCAAUUUCAUGAACUGUGUGUCCUUACCGUUUUCUGGAAACUGCAACAAUCUUCAACAAAAUUGAAUAUACCAAAGAGAAGAGAUUCUGCUCGGAUAAAGAUUUGAAUUCAUUUAUAUAUCAAUUUGAGCGAGACUGGAGGGAGGGAGGAAGUAGGGUAACUGGUGAACGGCGAAUUAGGUUUUUUGUUCUCUCUCUCUCUCUCUCCGCGAUAACCUACCUGGGCCUCGCCAAUUUUGACCUAAUCGAACUCGGCUUACUCUGAUUUCGAGCAUUGGUUUCUAGGGUUCGGUCAUCUGUUCGGUGACUCGGAAAACUGUAAACUUGAAUUUCUUCAGUGAAGGUAGAAAAACUGCUUUUUAGAGAAUGGGAGAGCCAACAGGAGCUAAAGACUUAGAAUUUAAGUGGGGUAAAAAGAGAGGAAUCGGGGGAGUAAAGAAAGAUGUGCAGUUCUAUGAAUCCUUCACAUUUGACGGUGAUGAGUACUGUCUUUAUGACUGUGUCUUGGUUGCCGAUCCCAGUGAACCAGACUCUGAUGAACUCUUUAUAGGCAUGAUCAUCAAAAUUUGGGAAAAGUGUAAUAAGCGUGCUAAAACCCCAAGGCAUGUCAAGCUUCUCUGGUUCUACAAACCUUCUGAGAUUUCGCCAGAUAUACUUGAAGGAGUCCCAGAUAUACUUGCAAACGAACUCUUCUUAGCGUCGGGUGAAGGUCUCGGCGUCGCUAAUAUCAGCCAAUUGGACAAAAGGAAUCCACAACCUACGGAUGAAGAAAUCAAGUCAGCAAACUUUGUAUUCCGCCGAGCAUUUGAUGUUGGAACUUGUAAAGUCGUGGAUACGAUAGAUGAUAAAGUCGCUGGAGUUGACGUUCAAUUUAUCUUUAACAGAGCGGAUAGUAAGAAAGAAGCAACUGCUCUGCAGAAAGUUGAAGCACGCAUAAAUGGAAAUCUAGAUAGUUUGAAACCAAAUGGUCUUUUAGCUUGUGGUUCAGUUAGGACAGCCGAAGAUAAGCCUAUUGAAUCUUCUGACUGUAGAGAAAACAGCUGUGGUCGUAAAGAAGGGAAAGAAAAAGGUCACAAUCAACUGGCUACAGAGAAACCUACUCUUGCAGAAGAAAGGUCUAACAAGGAUUCUGGUGUGCAGGAAGGCACGGGCCACAAUAAACAUGACUCUCGUGAAGCUUCUGGCUCUGGUGGAAAUCAUUGUGAUGGAAAAGCUCAAGAAAGUGAAGUAAAAAAACAAUUUACUAAACAAAAAGCUAUGCCUGCAGAAGAAAGAUAUAGUAAUUCUUGUGAAGCUUCUGGCUCCAGGGUAAAUCAUUCCAAUUCCAAGAAAGCUCAAGUAGAUGAUGUGAAAAAACAGUUGACUAAACAAAAGUCUCUGCCCGCUGAAGAAAGAUUAAGUAAAGAGUCGAAUGGAUUGGAUGACAGGCCUCAAAAGAAACAGAAACUAGAUGGUUCUGUUACAGUACCAAAUGGACGAAAUACAAACAUUCUGCAGAAAAUUAGUUCUGAUGGUAAAAGAGAUUUAGAAUGUUUUAAGAGACCUAAAGACAGAGUGCCAGGAGAUGAAGUCUCUCACGAGAAGCCCAGUUUUGCUAAGAAGAAUCGAGAUCUGGGGGUGUCAGUUUCUGAAGGAAAAGAUGCAAAAACUGCAACUGAAAAAGGUUUAUCCAAGAAACCCAGCUUUGAUGGUAAGCUAUUAAAACGCGCUGAGGACAAGAUGUUGGCAGAUGAUUACGAAAAAAAUUAUCAAGUAAUUGAAGUGAGGCCAAAGCCUGAAGCUCCUUGGGAAGAAAGUGUGAGGGAAGCAGAAAAGGAAGAGAAACUGGUUCUCCUUCAAAACUUGGAUCCUACUUAUACAUCUGAUGAAGUGCAGGAUAUAGUCUAUUCUGCUUUGAAUGAGCAAUGUACAGCGAGGAUGAUAGAGCGUACAUCAUAUACUAUAUCUCAUAUUGGUCAAGCGUUGGUCAUAUUCAAUUCAAGAGAAGCUGCAGAAAGAGCGAUUGUAAGACUAGAUGAAGGCUGCUUAUUGCUAUCAAAUGGGAGGCCCCUUGUUGCUGCGUUUGCUAAGAUUAACCCUCCAGGGAAGCCGCCAUUAUUCUGCGGCCAUAUCAAACCACACAAACCUCAAAGAGAUACCAUGGCUACAUCUCGUUGUUCGCAGCCGAACACCCUUGAAUUUGAAAUGGCAAUGGAAUGGUGCUUGCACAGAACCAGAUCUGACCACACGCUUGAAACCGUACUUAAGACCGAAACAUCACGAACUGUACAUUACUACAUUAGAAGAAAGAACACAAGCUCUUCUCAGACAGUGACUGAAGAAAUUUUGCUAUCGAAUCCACCAGCUUUGGCACGGAACAUACCUGCUUAUGCGGCUUCUGGUCUCAAUCGGACGACCCUUUUGUAUAUAGUUUAAGAGGGUUAUUGUGAGUUGUAAAUUUUAUUUAUCUGUGACUGGUAGGUUUUUAAACAAUAGUUCCUUCCUUGUAAGAUGCUAGUAGGUGUUAAUUAACUUAUUUGCCACACAUGUGUUAUUGAUCCAUGUGUUUAACUUCUUACUCCCCAACGUUUGUUGAAAAGCUAUAUUUUAGUGGAUUCAUUGACCUAAAAUCAAAUUAUAAAAAAAAUAAGGUGAAAGGUAUAAGAAGAACUAUUGUCAGCUAGAGCCUUCUUUGACGCAAAAAUAUUAGAAUAAUUUAUCAAAUCUACAUUUUAUGUAAAGUUAAUAUUAUAGGCAAAAUGUUGAAAUUUUGUGGUGAAAAAGGAGAAAUAAACUUUGUGGUGAAAAAGG